GAGCAGCCGCGAUGGCCAGCACCAGGAGCAUUGAGCUGGAGCAUUUUGAAGAACGGGACAAAAGGCCGCGGGCAGGGUCGCGGAGAGGGGCUCCCAGCUCCUCCGGGGGCAGCAGCAUCUCUGGCCCCAAGGGCAAUGGGCUCAUCCCCAGCCCGGCGCACAGUGCUCACUGCAGCUUCUACCGCACGCGGACCUUGCAGGCCUUAAGCUCGGAGAAGAAGGCCAAGAAGGCACGCUUCUACCGGAAUGGGGACCGCUACUUCAAAGGCCUGGUCUUUGCCAUCUCCAACGAUCGCUUCCGUUCCUUUGAUGCGCUCCUCAUAGAGUUGACCCGCUCGCUGUCUGACAAUGUGAACCUGCCUCAGGGCGUCCGCACAAUCUACACCAUAGACGGCAGUCGGAAGGUCACCAGCUUGGACGAGCUGCUGGAAGGAGAGAGUUACGUGUGUGCCUCCAAUGAACCAUUUCGUAAAGUUGAUUACACCAAAAAUGUUAAUCCAAACUGGUCUGUGAACAUCAAGGGAGGUACAACCCGAGCCUUGGUCGUGGCCUCUGUGAAGAGUGAGGUGAAAGAAAGCAAGGACUUCAUCAAGCCCAAGUUAGUGACUGUGAUUCGAAGUGGAGUGAAGCCGAGGAAGGCCGUGCGGAUCCUUCUCAAUAAAAAGACUGCCCAUUCUUUUGAGCAGGUCCUAACAGAUAUCACCGAAGCCAUUAAACUAGAUUCAGGCGUGGUCAAGAGGCUGUGUACCCUGGAUGGAAAGCAGGUUACUUGUCUGCAAGACUUUUUUGGUGAUGAUGAUGUUUUUAUCGCAUGUGGACCUGAAAAAUACCGUUAUGCCCAAGAUGACUUUGUCCUGGAUCAUAGCGAAUGCCGCGUGCUGAAGUCAUCUUAUUCUCGAGUCUCAGCUGCUAAGCAUUCUGGAUCCAAAAGCCCAGGGCCCUCUCGCCGCAGCAAGUCACCAGCUUCAGUAAAGAGGGCUGGCCACUCCAGUGCCUAUUCUACAGCCAAAUCCCCAGUUAAUGGAACUCCCAGCAGCCAACUUUCUACUCCUAAGUCCACGAAGUCCUCCAGUUCCUCUCCAACCAGCCCAGGAAGUUUCAGAGGAUUGAAGAUUUCUGCUCAGGGCAGAUCAUCUUCCAAUGUGAACGGUGGACCUGAACUUGAACGCUGCAUGAGCCCUGAAGGUGUGAAUGGGAACAGGUGCUCUGAGUCCUUCACCCUUCUGGAGAAAUACAGAAUCGGGAAGGUCAUUGGUGAUGGCAACUUUGCAGUAGUUAAAGAGUGCAUGGACAGGUCCACUGGAAAAGAGUUUGCUUUAAAGAUCAUAGACAAGGCCAAAUGCUGUGGAAAGGAACAUCUGAUUGAGAAUGAAGUGUCAAUACUGCGCCGAGUGAAACACCCCAACAUCAUCAUGUUGGUCGAGGAGAUGGAAACCACAACUGAGCUCUUUCUAGUGAUGGAACUCGUCAAAGGUGGAGAUCUCUUUGAUGCAAUUACUUCUUCAACCAAGUACACAGAGAGAGAUGGCAGUGCCAUGGUGUACAACCUGGCCAAUGCCCUCAGGUACCUGCAUGGCCUCAGCAUUGUACACAGAGACAUCAAGCCUGAGAACCUUCUGGUGUGUGAAUAUCCGGAUGGGACCAAGUCUUUGAAACUGGGAGACUUUGGACUGGCAACAGUGGUUGAAGGCCCUUUGUACACAGUCUGUGGCACACCAACUUACGUGGCCCCAGAAAUCAUUGCUGAAACAGGUUAUGGCCUGAAGGUGGAUGUUUGGGCAGCUGGCGUGAUUACAUACAUACUUCUCUGUGGAUUCCCACCAUUCCGGAGUGAGAACAACCUCCAGGAAGAUCUCUUUGACCAGAUCUUGGCUGGGAAACUCGAGUUUCCAGCCCCCUACUGGGACAACAUUACAGAUUCCGCCAAGGAAUUAAUUAGUCAAAUGCUUCAGGUAAAUGUUGAAGCUCGCUGCACUGCAGGAGAAAUUCUGAGUCACCCCUGGGUGUCUGAUGACGCAUCCCAGGAGAAUAAUAUGCAAGCUGAGGUUACAGGUAAACUAAAACAGCACUUUAAUAAUGCGCUCCCCAAACAGAACAGCACCACCACGGGGGUCUCUGUUAUCAUGAACACGGCUCUAGAUAAAGAGGGGCAGAUUUUCUGCAGCAAGCACUGUCAAGACAGCAGCAGACCCGCGAGGGAGCAGAGCUCGCCAGUCCCUUCCUCAGGCCAGGAGGCCCCUCCCCCACCGGAGUCUCCCAAACCCUCUAGUCCCCCAGCCACCUCUGGCUGUGAUCUGGCAGGGACCUGGCGCCGUCACCGAGACUGAACUCUGUGUAGACAGGCCCACACUGCGCUCUUCCACCAGGCCUCACCGGCUCCUUUCGGAAAGAGCCUGUCUCUCCUGACUGCUGCUUUGACAGAGUGUUGGCAUGUUCUGUCACUGCCCGGGAACAGGACUAGAGCAUCGGGAGCCAGCAUGGUCCCAUUUACUUGGGGCUCUGCCCGCUCGAGUUCCUGGCCAUGUCGAGCCAUGUCAGUUGUGGAGACAUAUUUAAAAUGAGCAACUUAUUUUAAAUCAUCCAUGUUUCUAGUUGAGUAGACAGUUGGCCGCUUUACCCAGCGAAUGUGCAACUUUUAUCUGGAAUUACAUUCUUUUUAUAGAAAUUCACUGGAUGAACGAAGAUUCUCCUAUUGAAGGAUUCUCCAAGCGCUCCCUUCUCAUGGGGACACAGCUGUGGUUGUUUGUGUCCUGUGAGAGGCAACAUGGCCUCUUCUUCUUCAUAGGGGGCCUGAGGCUCCUGGCUUCUGAACAGAAGAAAUGAGUACCUGAGAGGUACUCCUGACUUAGGGAAUGCACUCUGAUGCCCCAGAAAGCAGCUCCUCUCUGACUGGGGUGCAGGGCUCACAGACCUACAUGUGAGCCUAUGUGUACUAAGAAAUACUCAUGAAGGUGGCCUGUGGCUUUUCAGUGGGAUGUGCAGCAGCUCUUGGCAGAGCAGGAUCAGCUCGGCUGCAUCAUCGCUGGGGCUUCCUCUGCCUCUGAGAGCAAGAACAGCAGAAUGCCAGGCAGGUCUGCUGAGACCCAGCGGGGACUGGGGUGCAUGGUGCUCCUUGAAUGUCCUGUGACCAACCCUCUGGAAGGCUGCUGGCAGUUUUUCCUUUUUUCCAUCGCCCUACUCUUUUUAGUAAUUGUAUAUAACUGUGUAUUUGUUUUACCUGCUUGUCUUCUAAAUGGGUGGGCCCUACAGUUCACUCUCGUUGUUAUUCUCCAAGUCUCCCCAACCUGCAAUAAAUCCUUCCCUCUUCGGAAAGCCAUGGGGUGGGCAGAGGUUUUGUGUGGUUGUUUCAGAAAGUGCAUGGCACCUCUCCUUGGUCCAGGCCCUUAGGGGCCAGUGUCUGGGGCCGCUACCAGAAGAGUGCACAGAUCUUUGCCUUGGCUGAAGUGUAUGUGAUCACAGGUGCUGGGACUCAUGACCAAAACACCAAAAUAAGCAAGUCGUUUAUAGAGGAGCUAGGGACAAUAAUGGGAAAGCUGGGGCUCAUAGAAAGUGGGCUGGAAGAGCUCUUCCCAUCCCAGCCCUGGCUGGGACUCUGCUUUUCUCUGACUUGUAAGUUCCAGGUUUUCUUGUUAAGCUCUGCUUAUGACUCUGCUCAUCUGUCUGUCAUCUCCUUGGAGCUUUACAAAUGUCAGCUUGAAACCCCUGGCCAGGCUCUGCACCUCUCCAUUCACACUGCUGAGGGAAUGAGACAGUUGACCUGCUGACCUUGGGUCCCACCCAGCCCGGAGCUGUAGCAGACACAGGAGGAAGAAGUGAUCAGAAGCACUGUGAGGUGCGGGGUUAGAACACUUCAUGCGUCUCUCUACUAACUGGUUAAAAAGUGAGCUUUAAAAACAGAUUUAUUCUAGAUUAUGUGUAUGCCUGUCUAUGCGGAUGCAAAUGCAUUAUCCAUGGGAGUCCAGAGGAAGGCAGCGAAUCUGGACAGUUGUGAGCUGCCAAACAUGGGUGCUGGGAAUCAACAUCUGGUCCUCUGGAAGAACAGUAAGUGCUUUUAACCUCUCCAGCACCAAAAACAAGAUUUUUCAUAGCCUGUGGCUGUGUCAUUUUCAGAGGGGGAGGAGACGGGACAGGGGGUGGGACAGGGUGUCUGUGCUCACACCACAGCUGCCUCCCUCUCCUCAGCUGCGGUGCUCCUAAUGCAAGCUAAAGACUGUGAGCCAAGGGCAGUGCUCACCGUGUCAGCAUGUGUCCUUCUGACCGUCCUGUGGGAGGCAGACAGGUGGUGAACCCUCACAGUCUUUCCCUCCGGAACAGAGAGAACACAGGGUAAAGGAACAAGCCUCUAGGCGGUCCUGGCUAGCCAGAGGGGUGGAUGCCUGCGGCUGUGCCCCACUGCGGGGUACUGUCCAUCCAGGCGGUGAAGCUGGAGAAUCCCGCACAAAGGUUUGAGACACGGUUCCUCUGUCCAUUUGCUGUGCAAACACUUAGAAGCUGUGAUUCUAUUCUCAAGCUCCAAAUUAAAUACAGGUACUUUAUUUGUGGCUGCUCAGAUCCUGUUGGGAGAAUGGUACGUGCCUGUUCAGACUCAUUCUCCCCAAGGAGGGAAUCGGUGUGAAGAGACUUAAACGUGGAAUAUGGCAGAGAAUACAAGUGGACAGACACCGUGGGAAGUGGGUGCCUGAUGUCCUCCACAGCGGAGGGGUCUCCCGCCCCUUUCUGUCUCUGCCUCCUUUUGCAAAAGGUGGUGGGCAUAGAAGUGUGUUUAUUCCAUGUAUUCAUUAAAUGCCUUUGGUAAAACUCCCAGAAUCUCAUCGUGGCUAAGACGGUAAUAUGUGACUUAGGAGAUGGGACAGUGUGGGGUGGAGUAACCAUAUUGAAAAAAAAAAAAAGGACUGAUUAAUGUCUUGUGGAAAAUGCUACAGCAGUUUACCAUCCCGUGGAAAUAAAUAUUUACCACUUGUGUUAACAUUAAAACAUUUAAAAGGAACAGGUAAAGUACAUC